AUGCAGCUGGGCAAUCUCUACAUUUCUAAUUUUGACAUGGAUAAUAAUGUGGAAUUAGAUAAACUUUUAACAACUUAUCAUAAUGGGAUUUACGAUGUCACUGAAAUAAUGAAAGCUCUGACUCCGCAAUGUUCGAUGAUGCUAUCGAAAUGUAAGCUACAUGGAAACUACAGCGAUUGUUCGACACUUUUUAAGUUUCGCAAAACGCAGGACGGAUACUGUUGCACUUUCAAUUACGUGCGUGAAAGCGACGACAUUUUCGAACAGAACAAUGUGACUGAGAUGAGUGAGCCGCUGAAAGUGUUCGAUCUCGGAAUAGAACGCGGUCUAACCGUUGUUAUGAAUCCACUUUUGGAUGACUAUUUCUAUUCAAUAUUGCCCAUUAAGGGUUGGAAG